UGUAAUAAACAUGUCCUUGAUUCCUCUGUCCUUGUUUUCUUUCCUCGCCUCCUCCGUUGGGUGGAGCUAAGGACGAACAGAUGGGAGGAAAAGAAUCAAGGGUUGCCAACUGCCAACUGUCUCCAUCUUUCGACUGCAUACUGUCAGCCCUGUGUUAAUAAGCAAUAUAAGUUGGGAGAGCCCUGGUGAAUUUGGGAAAUUAACUGAGAAAUCAUCAUAGAGAAAAUUAUGAACAGUUUUCCAAAUCAUCAAUUGAAUUGAAUUACCGGAAAGGAGCAUGACCCCAAACGCUGGCCAUCUGCCAAUCAUCGUCCAUUCCAGAAAUUGCCCACUUGGGAGCACCUUCUCGGAGCUAAGACAGGGGUCGAGGUGGGCGUUGGGAUUGGUCACAGGUCACAGGUGAGCCAUCCCUCGGCCAACAGGUCGACGAGCUCUGGGCUCACACCAGCCUGUAGGGGGCGCUGUGCCUGAGAGAGAGCCGGGCUGAGCGUGACUCCAGGAGGAUGGCCCCCAGCUCCCAGGGUGCCCCGCUCUCCCACACCCACGUCUGGCAGCUCCGUCCUGCCGUUGCAGGGCGCAGUAUGUAACCCAGUAACGGGCUCCAGUUUUAUUUUUGGAGCGGCAGCGACGUCUGGCCCGUCCAUUUGCAGACCGGCUGCAGCAGGGCUCAGGGUUACGAUGGAGGCUCCUUUCUGACCGCCACAGGUGUCGAAACCAGCUCUCUCACAGGCUGCUGUGGCCAAAGCAAGCUUACCAUCUCUGCGCUGUAGUUACCACUUCCUGGCCAAGGAAAUUUCCAGUGUCUCUGAAGACCUUCAUUUCAGGGAGGGGAUGCUGAAAUGUUGAUGGCCCUGAGUGCCAACCCCCAGCCCGGCCUGCUGGUGGAGCAGUUCCCCCCGCCCCUGCUGCCCAAGCCGGGUAAAGACAACGCCCGGCUCCAGAAACUUCAGAAGAAGAGCGCCAAGAAGAAGCCCUCCCCACCGACCCCUCAGCCUCCCGCCUCGUUCCGCUCCACCCUGUCGCCCGUCAACGAGGCCAGUCCCGACCAGGAGCACAGCGACUUGUUCACCCCGCCGAAGACACCGGACACCCUCAGCAGCUACAGCGGCACCCAGUACAGCCGAAUCAGCGUGACGUCGUUCUACCAGCACACGCCUUCGCCUUACCCCCACCUGCAAGGCGCGACCUAUGGCAAGGCUGCACAGAUUUCCCCCCAGCCUUACGCUGCUCCGAUACCAGGCUUUCAGCAGCAGAGGAGCACGUUCUACACGCCUACACCUCCACCACUGCUAGCUGCACAGGCUCCGACCCCAUCCAGCCCAACUGUAGCUCGAGCAUCUCAACCAAUCACACCUGCCAGCCCAACUGUAGCUCGAGCAUCUCAACCAAUCACACCUGCCAGCCCAACUGUAGCUCGAGCAUCUCAACCAAUCACACCUGCCAGCCCAAAAGUAGCUCGAGCAUCUCAACCAAUCACACCUGCCAGCCCAACUGUAGCUCGAGCAUCUCAACCAAUCACACCUGCCAGCCCAAAAGUAGCUCGAGCAUCUCAACCAAUCACACCUGCCAGCCCAAAAGUAGCUCGAGCAUCUCAACCAAUCACACCUGCCAGCCCAAAAGUAGCUCGAGCAUCUCAACCAAUCACACCUGCCAGCCCAAAAGUAGCUCGAGCAUCUCAACCAAUCACACCUGCCAGCCCAAAAGUAGCUCGAGCAUCUCAACCAAUCACACCUGCCAGCCCAAAAGUAGCUCGAGCAUCUCAACCAAUCACACCUGCCAGCCCAAAAGUAGCUAGAGCAUCUCAACCAACCACACCUGCCAGCCCAAAAGUAGCUCGAGCAUCUCAACCAAUCACACCUGCCAGCCCAAAAGUAGCUCGAGCAUCUCAACCAAUCACACCUGCCAGCCCAACUGUAGCUCGAGCAUCUCAACCAAUCACACCUGCCAGCCCAAAUGUAGCUCGAGCAUCUCAACCAAUCACACCAUCAUACUCUACUGUAGCCCCCGCAUCUCAAUCAAUCACACAUCCAGGCCCUACUGCAGCUCCAGCGUCUCAACCAAUGAUGUCUCCUGGUUUACCUGUACCUCAAGCACCUCAACCAAUCACACCUACAAGUGUUGCCCCUGAUAAAACUCAAGCUCAGACUCAAGUGUUUGUCCAACCUGUGGGCCCAGCUGUGAACACAUACCCUCCUGCCCCCACUCAGGAUGGGGUAACUAGGCCUCUAAAUGGUCCAUCGCAAACCGCGGCAUCAGCAUUAAGUGUGAUGCAAGUGUCCCUGGCCACUAGUUUCCCAGCUUCAACAGCGCCUCAACAUCCCGGCCCUCUGGUGACCAUGGUCCAAACCCUCAAGCCCAAGAAACCAAAGUUUGAUGUUCCUCAAAUUAAGAUAUACACGUCGAAGACAACGGUUUAUGAAGCGUCAAAUACGCCUCUGCCUGAGACUUCAGGAAUCAUGGAUGGAAGACCUGGGGGGAAAACACCAACAUCUGAGGUUAAAAGAGAAACAGUAACAACAUAUGGUGGUUUGGUGGUGAAAACGCCCUUGUAUCAAGCACCCGGUGCAAAGUCACCCAUAUUUCAUGUGUCAUCACCGAAACCGCUGUUAUUCUCAACAUCGCCCGUAAUGAACUCACCCCAGGUCAACGGCGUCCCCACCGAAAACACAGACACUACUGCCGUCGCCCUGGCAACCGAAGAGCCUUCAUCUUUUGCUGGCAGCCUAAAGGUAAACAUUUUGCCGCCACCAGUUUCUACUUUGCUGGACAACACGGUGGCUGAAAACGAUGCGUCAACGACAGUCACUCAUGCACAUACAGAUCAGAUUCUCAGGCCCCCUCUGAGUGAUACGUCCAUACCAAAGCAUCUGAUAACACAUGAACCUAUAAAGCCUACGGGAGCUGCUAUUGAGUAUCCGAUUCCCAAGACUCCUCCAUAUGAACUGGUUGAACAUGCGACUCCUCCAGGUGGAUAUCAAAAACCCAAGACACCAACAUUCGAGUUCCCUAAUCCAACAGCACCUGUAUUUGGGCAUCAAAAGGCAAGGACUGUGACUUAUAGCGCACCGCCUGCAUCCACUCCUUUUGGGCAACAAAAACACAAGACAUCCGCAUAUGAGGCCCAAAGACCUAAACCAAAAUCGACAUAUUACGGAUUGACUCCAGCUGAAUAUGUUGCCUAUGGUGGAAUCAGAAAUAAUUCACCUGCUUUUAGCACUUCCGCACCUAAGGUACUGCCACAGGAUGCACCUAAAGCUCCAGAGUUGACAGAGACCCCUCUUUCAUUUGAGGUCUCUGAGUCUGAAACACCCUCACAACAACCGGAGAGGCCUAUGGCUGUACUCGUUCAGAAGUCAGAAUCUAUGAUUUCGACCAAUCUGCACACUGUACUUCAGACCUCUGUUGUUGCAACAAGUUCUACCGAUGGUCCGAUUCCAAAAACGCAGGAUAAAGAGAUUGGACUUACAAUUGAGUCUGGAGUACCCAAAACAGAGAUAAACGAGUUAGAAAAACCAAAACCAGCUUUGGAUGCACAGUCCUCGAACACGCUAAUGUCUUUACUCGGGGCAUUCAAGGGUAGACCUUCCACGCAAGUGCAGAGUGGAAAAGAAACACAAACAUCUUCAUCUUCUGGGGCCAAGACUCCCGCUGAGAACUUAAUUGGCGAUAAAAUUCCAGCAAAGCAAAGGUCAGCCGAGCCAAGUACUCUGAGCCAAACCACACAGGAAACGGCCAAACCCGAGGCUCCCCCCAGAAGAAAAUUUUCACCAAAGGUGACCCCUCAGGCCUCAGCUACCGCCAACUCUGAAACCACAACGAGUGUGAUUCAGCCGCCAGCUCAACCAAAAGCGGAAGACAAGCCGCCAAAAACCAGCACAGCGGCGACGGAGGGAAAAGUUGCUCAGGAGAAAAUCCCCACGGAGAAUGGGGAAUCAUCUUCAGGGGAAAAGAAGAACGAGGGAGAGAAGCCAUCAGCUAAAGCAGAACCCCAGUCGAAGAUCCUCAAAAAGGCAAAGGGUCUCAAGUCGAAGAUCAGCGGGUGGACGAGGCUCAAGAAGCACAUGGUGGAGGAGCCAGAGGCGCCCGCGUUCCCGGAGCCAGACAACGAGGCGAAGAAGGAAGGCAGCGACGGCAAGGCCAUCGAAGCAGGGAGCGCCGACGAGCAGUCAGCGGGUGGGAAUCAGGAAGUGGCCAAGAACAAAGAAGCUCCCAGGGCUAUGAAGAUGUGGGACGCCAUCCUCUUCCAGAUGUUCGCCACCAAGGAGAGUAUAAUGCAGCAGAUCAACGCCAACAAGAGCGACGUGGAGAGGAAGGAAAUGGCCACGCAGCCAGCGAAGGACCUCCCGUCGUUCGUUCACCGCCUGCCCGUCCUGCUCUACAGCCCGCGGUUCAACGCCAGGAAGCUGAAGGAGGCCGCCGCCAAGCCCCUCGCCAAAAUCUCCACGGCGUUUGAGAUGGGGCUGCUGAACCGUAAAAAUCAGGACGAGGAGCCGAAGGACUUUAACCGAACCGCCAAGGGGUUUGCUUCCCCGGCGGAAAAAACCAGCUCAAGCUAGGUUUUUAAACAGCUGGUAGCUGGUUGACCAGUUCAGACCAAUUCCCAACUCAACAUGGUUUAGCUGGUUGACCAGUUCAGACCAGCUACCAGCUUGACAUGGUUUGACCAGCUUUAUGACCAGUUUGGCCAUGCUGGUUGAACAGCUUAUACCCAGCUUGACCAGUUUAUGACCAGCUUGACCAGCUUACUUUUCAAGCUGGUUAAGCUGGCACAGCUGGAUUUUCACCCAAAGGUGGGAGAGAAGAAUUGAGUUAUUUCCUGUUUGGGCCACAGCACUGCAUUUGUGGGAAUAGUUUUUUAUGAUUGACCCCAUCAUUAUUUGGAAGCCAGACUUGGAGAUGGCCAAUUAGAUUUUCCUUUGGUUAAAGCAGGAAAUUCUCUCAUAAAUCUGCCACAUCAGACAUGUAGAGGUGUGGCCAAGUAUUACGCAAACAACGUUUGCAAUAUUUUGCUUUUUUCAAGCACUAAGGGUUUGACAUGCCCAGUAAUGUUGCUUUUAUGCUCAUUAUUUGCAGCUAGUCUGUGAAACUUCACAGUGUGCUGUAAUAUGGCAAUAAACCUGGGUUUUUCUUGCGUUGAGAAAUCUUUGGCAUGCACCGAAGCAGCAUUUUUGGGAAAAACGGGAAAUGGUUAAAUGUGGAUAAUGUGGGAUGACCCUAUGUGUGACCGGAAGUGUUAUCCUAAUGCUGGGAAGCACCAAAGACCAUUUCCAUGCCUGGAAAAACCCAACCAUAGACAAAAAAAAGAAGAUGAAUUCAUAAAAAUAAGAUUAAGUAAAACUAAGUAAAUAAAAAUAAUAAACAACAUUUUUUAAUAAUUUAAUAAUGUUUUCAGUAAAUUACCUGAAAUUAAGGGAUUGGAAUAGGGUAGGAAAAGUACAGUUGAAUAGAAGGGAAAUACUUUAUAGUUUGUUGAAUUGUUUGAGUUGAAUUGUAGCAAUGUCUAUCUAAUUUAAUUGCAAAUGCAAAACAUUUUAUCAUUUAGAUAUUUCUUCAUUGUAUAGAUAUUAUAGCAUUUACGUGUGCUAUGGCAUAGACAGCAUGUAAAACAUUGUUUGUCAUAUCAAAACUUUAGCUAUGAAUGUAGGAAUGUUGGAAAUGUAGCAAAAAUGGUUUACUUUCAUAUUUUAGGAAAAAUCCCUGCAUAAUUUGUUUUGUAAUUGUAUUUAUGUUUCUAUCUGUGCAUCUCGGUACAGUCUAAAGUCAAAUAUAAGUCAGAUAUGGUGUUCAACAAUCCACAAAACCAAAACCUGUUCUUGAUACUUUUUGUAAAGAAAUGGGCCUGUACAAUUCUGCAAGCAUUCAUUUACAUAUAUCUUCUAUUGUUUGGUCGCUUUUUCAGUGUUUUAACACAAGAAUAUUGAAAACAAAUGUAUAAUUUUAUAACAUGAAAUCCAUUGCACAUACUGAUACUUCAGUUGAUCAAAGGAUUUUCAAAAAUAUUAUAUAAAAAUUACAUUAGAUCAACAAAUCUUACAUAUUGUUUAAACCUUUAAAAACAUGAUAAUAUUAUUAGAUGAAUACCCCUGCUGAACAUUCCAGCUAAGACCAGCUGGGAUUCUAAGAUGGUUUCAACACUUCUAAAUAGUCAUGUUGGUUUGUGGCUGCUCAAAGCUGCUCUCUAGCUGGAGAAAGCUAGUUAAGAUGUAAGUUGGUUAACUGGUGGACUAGCUGACUAUAUAGGCUGGUCAGCUGGUUGACCAGCUAUACGUGUCAAAAACGAAUCUUAAACCAGCAUCGUUAGAGCUUAGGCUGGUUUAGGCUGGUUUAAGCUGGAAUUUUCAGAAGGGGAGCCCAGGUAUAUGUAGAGGGGCAGUGUUGUUUACUUUUCCCUGAUCGUCCAGUGGCGGGAGAUGUUCUGAAUCAUCAGGUUUGAAGUGGGUGGUGAGGGCUGGGGGUGACUGAAGGGGAGAUGGGUGUGGUCAUGAGGGACUACAGCACAGUCAUGGGAAUCAUGGGAAUCAUGGGAAGACAAAUGAUGGAGGUCGAGAGAGAGAGGGCUCUUUCCAAUCGCUUAUUUUUACCUCUUUGCAUUCUUUCCUCGUGUUCAUUUUUAUCUCGUUAGCUCCACCCAACGGAAGACUUGAGGAAAGGAUGGAGGGAAUGUGUAUGUGAGAAAUGGAAUCUCCUUGCUCUUCUCAGCAUCAGCUUGAAGCCACGUCAGUUACGGAUGUGGUAGCUGGGGAGAGGUGGAUCCACAGGUCGAUCGUUUUACGUGAAUAAAGAAAUUUUUAAAACUUCCGCAAAAGACGCGCUCGUGUAUCCUUAGUCAAGCAUCCUUUGGAAGCCUCCUAGCUCAUCUCUCCUAGCUCCUUCAAGCAGCAUUUAACGGGUUGGAAUGAUGAAAGAUGGCAGACCUCAAUUGUUUUCUGGGUCAUUUGAGGACCGAGGAGACAAGGAGAGAUACAAUAAGCGAUUGGAAUGAGCUCAGAGAUUAGGACAGAUAGAGAGAGAGAAAGAGAGAGAGGGAAGGAGAAAGAGACAAUGAGAGAGAGAAACAGUAGUUUGGCACAAGUACAUGCAGGGGACAGACAGACGGAAAGCGAGACAGAUAUAGGAUCCCAAGACUGCAACAAUGAAAGAACGGACAAACGGUAUCCUUGUAAUUUACACACGGUUUACUAAUGAAAGAAGUCCAUGACCCGUGAGAUAAGGACUACACUUCAGGAACAGGAAGAGGCCGCUCUUUGGGCAAGACGGAUGAACUGGCCCUACUCUGGACUGCACACCUCCCAGGAGAGGAGGGGUUACCUGUGUCUACCUGGGGGAGCAGGAUUAAGAGAAACAGUGCAGGCCAUGUUGGGCAUUCACCCGUGGAAGAGAGUUCUGGGACAGCAUUUUAAUGGAGAAACUCUGGACACAGGAAAGCUUCUGAGCAUUACUUGGCUGCUUCUUAAACGCAUUUAUAAACGCGUAAUCCGAAACGCCGUCCCCACACAACCCAGAGGGGACAUUGAGCUAAUGAAUAAAUUCUGAUGUGCCGUAAUGGUCCACAUGUAUUAAAAACAAACAAGGCUGAUCGGGGAUGAGGCCAAAAUAUUUUUGUUUGACAAUAGGCGGGGGGUUUUACUGCCUGAGACGGAUAAUCAGAUGGAGUAGAAACGGGGAUUAGCUGGAUGACUGUGGCUGGCUGGCUGGCUGUCCACACACAUUCUCGCCCGGAGAGACCAUGCCCUGUGUCUUACUCACGAGCCCUUUUUACAGGACCAAUACCCCAAAAAUACCGCAGCUCCCCAACGCCACCCCCACUCCCAUCUCCCCAAAAAAGGCUAAAUGAUUGAAAUCUUCUAGCCCUUACCCAAAUACUGUUAACAAUGCUGUUAAUCGUGCAGUUUGCAGAUGUUUGCUGAAUGUAAAUAGGAUUAUAUAGAAAAAUGUACAGGCAACCAUUUCAAACCAGUGUGUGUCAGCUUGUGGUCUAUUGAAUGUACAUUUCUCGAAGUAAAGUCUAUGCUGCCAUGUCAA